AGCCGAGCAUUUUUUAAGCCAAGUACAAAUUAAACCACCUACCGGCAAAGCCAAGCUGUGGAAGCUGUGCACUCCUUGCAGAGCAGAGGUAACGCGUACGCGGCUCAUGCAUGACUGAGCACUCCGUGAAGAAACUCACUAAAUCAGUAUGGUUAAUCUACUGGCGUUUCUGCUGCUGCUGUCUUAUGGAGCUGGCAGUAUCCAUUGCUCAGCGGUCAGUCACGGAAACAGAACAGACGUGCACUCGUUGCUCGAGUUCAAAGCAGCUACCAACGACCCAACAGGUGCCCUGAGAUCCUGGGACAGAAGCGUCCACUACUGCAACUGGACGGGCGUAGUUUGCAGCUCACUGAAACCAGGGCGCGUCGCCGCUCUGAUACUCCCUGGCCAAAGCUUGUCAGGCGAGAUCACCCCCUCACUUGGGAACUUAACGUACCUUAAAAUCAUCAAUUUGUCCUUCAAUGGCUUCUCCGGCCAGUUACCUCCUCUGAACCAGCUCCGUGAGCUGAUCAGCCUUGACCUCAGCUCCAAUUCAUUCCAGGGGAUAAUUCCCGACUCACUCACAAAUUGUUCAAACCUAAAGCUCCUUAAUUUGGCCUCCAAUGGCUUCUCCGGCCAGUUAACUCCUCUGAACCAGCUCCGUGAGCUGGUGGAGCUAGCCCUCCGCAACAAUUCAUUCCAAGGGAUAAUUCCCGACUCACUCACAAACUGUUCAAAACUACAGACUAUUGAUCUUUCUAGAAACAUGCUAGAAGGACCAAUUCCCACCAAAAUUGGUUCGCUCUACAAUCUACUUGGUAUGGAUCUUUCCAGGAAUAAUCUCACCGGGGUCAUACCGCCGAGCAUGGGCAACGCCACUGUUAGACUUCGUAUUGUAGCCCUACUAUCUAAACCAUACCUUAUUGGUAUUGGAUUUGUAUGUCUUCAUUAUAUAUAUGUGAUAGGCCACCCCUUUGAGGGUUAAGCCAGUUCCCCCAAAA